CACUCCCUCACUCAGUCUCUCACACCAACCCUCUUUAUAAACCACCUCGCGAGACUCUCUCCUCCCAGCUUCCUCUCAUCAUCAUCAUCAUCAUCAUCAUCAUCUCUCUCUCUAAGCAAAACCCACAUCAGUAAGAACACAUUCAUGGACUCUACAGCCACAAGAAGGCCUUGUUUCAUCGAAGAAGACGAUGGUCUUGCCUCUCUUGCAGACAUGGAAGCUGGGUUCUCUGGAAACCAUCAACAUCCACACCCUUUUGUGUCUAGGCCACUCUAUUACACAUCCUCCUUGCAGAGAAGAGGUAGCAUCAGAAACCUUUCAUCGUUCUCUUCCUCUGUUUCUUCUCCCAGAUCUGGAAGGUUCUAUGAUGCUAAUAGAUUCUAUGAAGAACACCAGCCCCAUUUCUUGGAGGCUUGUUUUCUUUGCAAGAAGACCCUUGCUGAUAACAAAGACAUCUUCAUGUACAGAGGGGACACUCCAUUCUGUAGUGAAGAGUGCAGACAAGAACAGAUAGAGAUAGAUGAAGCCAAUGAGAAGAAUUGGAAGAUCUCUGCUUCUAUGAAAGCCCUGAGGAUUGAUCAGAAGAAAUCCAACAAAUCCUCCUCUCCAAACAAGACCCAAAACUACCCUUUCCGAGCAGGCACAGUGAUGGCUGCUUAAUCACAUCAUCAGCCAGCCGAGAAAAGGAAAGAAAAUGCAUCCUGGUUUCUGUGAUUCUGUCCAUUGGAAGAGGAGGGGCCAAUUUGAGGGGAAGCACAAGAGAAAGAAGACCCAUUUUGAGGAUUUUUUU